GCAAGGGUGUGUGUAUUCGCUAACUAAAAAGUUUAAAAAUAUUGUUAACAUGUCAAAUAAGCAGAAUUAAAAUCACUAUUAAAACAAUGAAAUCUUACUUUAGUUUUGAAAUAGUCGUCGGCUGAAAUGCAAGUGAUAUUCGGUAUCCUGCUAAUCUUAGCAGUAAUACGCAAUGUUUUAUCCGAAUUAUGCGAUAAUGGAACUGGAGAGUGCAAGGAACUGAGUGACACGGAUUGCCCGUCUGUAUUCUUCCAUCUGCACCUAAUCGGAAAAUAUGUGAAAUAUUGCGACAAAUCCAACGGCAUUGUUUGCUGUCCACUGCUCAUCAAUUUGCAAGCUCAAUCGCAGCAGUUCUCCGCAGAUAUUGGCCUCAGGAGAUUCGAAAAGGAAUGCCGUCGCUUCAACGAGAUAAGAACUUCCUGCCGCACCACCCCCUUCAUUGUGGGUGGCGCCAAGGCCGCUGGCCGGGAAUUUCCCUUCAUGGCGCUGCUGGGUCAGCGCGGGAAAAACCCAUCCCAAAUCGACUGGGACUGCGGGGCCAUCAUCAUCCAUCCCAAGUUCGUGCUCACCGCCGCCCACUGCCUGGAAACCAGCGAGACCAAGGAGCAGCGUCUGGAUCCCAACUACGAUUGCCCCAAGUACGUGGUCAGACUGGGCGAACUGGACUACAAUAGCACCACGGAUGAUGCCCAGCCGCAGGACUUCCGGGUGGUCAACUAUGUGCUCCAUCCGGCGUACGGCGAAGAUGAUGACACGGGCAGUCGCAAGAACGACAUUGCCGUGGUGGAGCUGGAAGAGGAGGCGACUUUCAGCGAGUAUGUGGCACCUGCCUGCCUGCCGCUCGAUGGCGGAAAUGAGCAACUGCAGGUGGCAGCCGCAGGAUGGGGCGCCACCUCGGAGGGUGGACACGCCUCGUCGCAUCUGCACAAGGUGAGCCUCGAUAGAUUCGAUGUCAGCCAGUGCAGCCAGCGGCUGGAGCACAAGAUCGAUGUGCGCACCCAGUUGUGUGCGGGAUCGCGGUACACCAGUGCGGAUACUUGUUAUGGCGACUCCGGCGGCCCGCUCUUCGUGCAGCAUCCCAACUACUCGUGCCUGAAACAGGUGAUUGGCAUCACCUCCUACGGCCUGGUCUGCGGUGUCCGCGGGCUGCCCAGUGUGUACACCAAGGUCCAUCUGUACACCGACUGGAUCGAGAAUAUCGUGUGGGGCGAGUAGGCAUCAAAAUAUUUGCCCAACUCAUUCGCAACUCCAACUGAUAUUUACUUAAUGAAGAUUCCAUAUAAAUGAAGAUAUUUCAUGAAUAUACAUUCUUGGCAUUCGACAUUCAAUCAAGAUACGCGAUGAUUGGUGGCAAGUAAACGUGGAUCAUAAAUAUUUAUAGUGAGUUGUGGCAGCUCACAACUCACUUCCUUGUUUUCUACAGCAAAAUACAUCUUAAAAUACAAUUUAAAGUGCAUAAUUAUAGAAAAUUUUAAAUACGUAUUAAAGAUUAUAAUUUAUGAUGUUUUGCUGCUGACGCAAAAAAAAAAGCGAAAGCCUCAAACAUUUCGGAGGAUCGAAGAACUUAUGACUGCAAAAGUCCAAAUUUCAUAUGCUAAACGAAUUCAGAAAGUAAAAACCUGAACGGUAGCGUGAUUAAAAACCCAGUGAAGAUCCGGUUAAUAGCCUUUCCAAGUGCAAUGCGACCAAAACUAGAUCUCGAGCCGGUCACAUGAGUUCAUCUCACUCAUACCGAUGAUUCGGAUGAAUAAGUCCACCCAGAAUGAAAGUAAGAAAGCUAUAAGUUUGAU